AUGGAGAAACUCAAUGCUAAGGUUAAAGAGCUCAAAUUGGAGAAUACUGAAUUACAGAUUAAGAUGAACCGAGUUGUCUUGGAAAAUCAAAAUUUAAAGUAUGAAUGUAAGGGGAAAGCUCAUGAACUUGAAGAUAGUAACAAGAGAUCCAGUGAACCAAUGUUGCAGUUGUCGAAAAGUGAACAUGAGCAGGAUGUUAAUCCAACUCAAUAUCGGAGGCUGGUUAGAUCGUUAUGGUACUUGUGUAAUACGAUACCAGAUUUGGUGUUUAGUGUCGAAAUUGUGAGUAGAUUCAUGGAGAGACCGAAUGUGUGUCACUUGGCAACAAUCAAGAGGAUUCUAAGAUACGUCAAAGGUUCUAUUAGCUACGAAAUUUUGUUUCCUGCAACGGAUAAUGGUAGAAAGUGCAAUUUACUCAUAUAUACCGAUUUCAAUUGGUGUAGUGAUAAAGAUGAUAUCAAAUCUACAAGUGGAUACAUCUUUAUGUACCGUGAAACACCAAUCUCAUGGCGUUUGAAGAAGAAACCAGUAGUGACAUUCUCUUCUUGUGAGGCCGAGUUUAUUGCAACUUCGUUGUGUGCUUGUCAAGCCGUAUGGUUUAUGAAUGUUAAAUGA